AACAGAGAGAAGGUCCCACGUGUCCCCGAGACUCUCCUCAAAAAGAGGAAGAGUUUAGAACAACUCAAAGCCGCUAGGGCUAAGGCGCAGUUACAACAGAAAAAGGUUGGUGGAAUUCCGACUUUUCUAAAACAAUUUAGAGGUGACCUCUAUUGUAUGACUUUAUGUUGCACAUAAUAUUUCAAAACAACAGGACGUAACUAAUCGAUAGAAAUCGAUCAUCGAAAAUGUAAUCGAUUAUUCGAUAAUACUCGAUAGUACUCGAUAGUUGUCGAUUGAUUAGUCAAUUUAAUCGAUUGAAAUCGAUAAUCACAAAUUUUUUGUCACAUCUAUGGAAAUCGAAAAUCAAAAACGUGAUCUGAUCUUAUCACAACACUGCGUAACACUUACCUUCAAGCUUACCUUCGAAUCCGCUUUGUUGAUAAAGAUGAUGUUACUUCUUUCUCCAAUAUUUUUUUACCAGGAUCACUGCUGUAAAUUUGUACUCUAGAAUCGUCAGAAUCGUGGUAAAUUGCUGGAGUCACUAAUGUAGAAAUUGGCAAACUGUCGUCUGUUUUCCGAGAAUUUAGAAGGGUAUUGUUCGAGCGCUUAUUGGGAGACACGCAUUGUGGCUUACGGAGCGCGGAGAAUCUUCGUCCAUUUUCUUUUCGAUCAUUGUCGAACAAAUCGAUAAAAUCGAUAGCUAAUUACAGAAAUCGAUCAAAAUCAAAAAUCACAAAGACGCGAGUGAUCGAUUUCUAUAGAUUUUUGAUAUUAAUCGAUUGAUGAGUAUCGAUUACGAUCGAUUACGUCCGAUUUGUAUCGAGUAUCGAAAAUAUUUAUUAGUUACGCCCUGAAAACAAGCACAGUGCCGUUCAAAAGUACAGUGCAGGCCAGAACUAAGCUCGAUAGUCACUCAUUAUAAGGAACUUUUUAUGAGGGACUUCAGCCGUGAUAAAUCGAGCUAAAUUUAGUGAUGUGCAGGGUUUCAUUUGUAAAAUCGCUUGGCAUCCUACUUUAAUGUGUAAUUGCAAUUCUAGGUUCAUACACCAAAAGAAUACAAGUCACAUAUCUGACUACCCUGCGAGCAGAGGCUGUGUGAGCUGCCAUGCAAAAAGUAGCCUCUGCCAACAACCGUUCAAAUCCAUCCAGAAAUCUGGAUGAAUAAAUUAAAAAAGGGGUCUUUUCCUGUUCUUGACCGGUUUAGAGCACUGUGAAUGUAAUUUCUGACAAUGUCUGAAUACUCUCCAAAAAUCACCCAAUGGCGUUCCGCGUCUUUCCGAUGUCGAUAACAGCAUGCAAAAACCGCGCCAAUUUUCUACCAUGUUUUGUGCACUUUGAUUGCUUGAUUUCUGACCACUAUGAUACUCAUGGUUGUUCUGUUUUACAUUUUCGGAUCAAGAACAGCUCAAAUAAGAGCACUAAAUUCACCUCUUGUUUUAUUUUCCUUUUUGACAUCUCAAAAAUAACAAAAUUAAUGUAAAAAUUUUGAAAAAGGCCACGUAGGUAUUUCUCGGGAGAUUUGGUGCUCUAACCGGGAGACCGGGAGAUUUGAUGAAAAACUUGGAGCCUCCCAGGAAAACCGGGAGAGUUGGUAGGUAUGAAGCUGAAAAUUUUAACCAGCAACCAAAUCACCAUGAAAUGAAAUAAAUUUGCAUGUACGAGAGAAUCAAUUGUUCACAUGCUUAGCUUGUUUAGUGAGUAAAAUAGCCACACUCAUAGUUAAGCCAUAAUCACAAUUAACUUUGCAACAAGCUUUCAUGGCAACUCUCAAAUUUACUCUUAAAAUCUUAAAUUGAUCCAAAAUCUUGACGCAAGUCUGCUGACUGAAAAAUGGCGACAUUUACACCAGAAUACAUGUGAGGAAAUGCCAAAGUAAUUGGUUCCAAAAUGAUCUUAUCAAAGCGGCGGCAAUAAUACAAAUCAAAGAAGUAAAUUAUUCUUCCAGAAGCUCAUUCUUGUAUAAUUCUCAUCACCACGCUUUGGGCAGACAAAGAACUACAUAUCACAACAUAUCAGCUUUGCUAAAUACUAAAGUAAACUUUCAGUCAUGUGCUAGGCAACAAAGUUCUUCACAAGGAUCAAGUUUCACCGAUGUCUGUCCGAUUCACAAUGCUGAAAAAACACAGAGACUUAGAAGAGCCUAUAUUUUAACCGUGACAAAAUCAACAUGAAAUAAAUUUGGAUACAAGGGAUUGAACGUGUAUGCCUUGCCCACUGAUGGCGAUUAUUACUGGGAAAGAAUUUGCCAGCAUGUGCUUGCCACCUAGACUAAUAGAUAAAUGAUGUUGAUGGCAUGGUGAAAGAAAAUGUUACUGAAAUGCACCUGAAAUUUGGAUUCAGACCCUUGACUCUCAAUUCAUCUUUCAGUUUUUAAUUUUAUUAAAAGCGAUUGAAAUUCAAUAUCCUGUUGACCUUUUCAACACGACAGCGUCUGCGAGACAACAUGUGGAAGAAUUUGCCUUAAUGCGCUUGUCACCAAAACUAAUGUUUAUGGUGUUGUGAAAUAAAAUAUUACUUAAAAGCACCAAAACUUAUGAUUAGGCCCUUGAUUCUCAACUCACCUUUCAGUUUUGCUUCUAUGAAAGGCAAUAAAAUUUAAUAUACCGGUGAAUGUUGUUUUCGAGCACAUGCCUUGCUGAUUUUGGUAAUGCAAAGGAGUAGCUCAGGAUCUUUUGUUUUGUUUUGUUUUUUUUUUUCGAACACAAGUUCGAACACUCUGUCUUGCUACCUAUGACUGCAAUGUGAUCUAUGUGAAUUUGGUCAUCAUUAGAAAAAUUUUGCUUAUGAAAGCACGUGCCGAUGAGGUUUGACUUCUUAUGUGGAUUGUCACGUUGUGAAGUUCCUUAUAAGCGCUUAUAUUUCAACUCAAACUCAAGGUUUUUUUCUAAGUGAUGUUUCCUUCCGCAAUAUUGUUACUGUGAAAUAUUGUUACGUUAGUUUGGUUUUGAUUUUGUGAAACGUGACUGUUUCCUUGAUUCUUGAAAUAUGUGAUGGAAAUACAUGUAGAUGUACAUCAAGUAUUUAUAAAUUUUAGUUUCAUUGGCAAGUGAAAGUUGCACUUAGCAUUUUGUCGGUAAUUUUUUUAGCAUGUUCCACCUAAAGUUGAUCCACCCGAGUUUGAAGCUUGUUGACCUCACCGACACAUAAUACCUCUAAACAAAGAGUAAGCUUAUACAUACUAAUGACCAUUCGCCCCUGAACCGCCUGUAAACCCCCAUGCGGAUCCGCGUCCUUUCUACCCUUUGUGAUGUCAUCAGUUUUUAACGGUCAAGGACAACUUUGUCUGCUAACUUGUGUAGAGUGAAGAGAUCUUUCAAACCAUACCAGAAUGAGCACAGUUCAGUCAAGGACACCAGAGAAAGAAGCAAAAAACCAUGUGACAUUGACCUGAAAAUCUUCUUGAAAAUCUUGUUCCAUUGCUCACCUAUCUUUCCUUUCACCUAAUCCUAAGAUCCUAAAAGCUUUCCUAAAGACUCUUCCCACCAAAAUGAAGCCUACAAAAUGCCCAGCAAGAGAAAAAAAAAUGAGGCAAGAAAAGCGAAAAAAGAGGGGAGGAGAGAAAGCAAAAAGUAAAAGUCAAGACUGCUGUGUCACUUUUAAACCCCCAAAAAAUUUUGCUUUCUGGGCAUGCCUGAACUUCGCAAGCUGAUAUUUUGCAUCUGGAUCAGAAGGCCGCAAAGUGUACGACCUGUAAACGGGUUUGUGGUACGUUUUUAGCUCUUUCUAGCAUGACUGUGACCAGAAAACCACUUGACUAGCUUCAAAACGCGUUUUUCGGCAUAAUCUUGAGGAGCGAAUGGGUUAAUGUGCACUGAUGCAUUUCAGAGCAGACGCUUAUUCUUGUCAGCUCAAGAUGUAUAGAUGCAUCCUGCCUAAUGCAAUUGACUUGUUUUCAUGAUUUGUAUUUUUUGGUUUGCUUAAUUCUGGCCUGCACUGUAAGUUGACAGUCCAUUGUGAGUCUAGAUUCUUGACUUGAUUUGCGAUUCUCUAUUCCUGCACAAAUUGAGAACAAGCUAUGGAGAGUUGAUUUGAGGAUCGAGUCUUGCAAAACAGAAAACAAAAGAAUCACCCCUGGCUGAUUUCUGGAUAAUGUUACAUAGACAUACAUCUGUAACACAACAAGGCAUGGUUUAUUAACUCUGAUGAUUAUAUGCUUGAAACAAUAUCAAUUCAAGUUGUAAAGUGAAUGUUUCUUCGAGGGCAUCUGUAUCAAGCUGCAUUUCCUCAAGGGCAGUUUCAAAUACCUGCUCCAAAUGUAGCCUCCCACGCAGACGUUCUAAUGGGUUCGUCACACGUUCCUACCCCACAAACGUCUGCUGACUUGAGCGGGAAAAAACAUAGACCAAUCACAGCAAACUUCCAGAUCUGGGAAGUACACUUUGGACCUUGAGAAAUUGCACGCUUGAUUUUAUUGCUCCAGAAAAGAUCAGAAAGGUCUCGUGAAAGGUGAAGACCUUACAGUUUUAGAACAAACUACUCAGUUAACUCACAAGUGUUCGUAUUAGUGGCUACCCUCACAAUCUCACUGAAAAAAAUUACCUCGGAGCUUAAAUUUGCUGAACAGAAGUCGGCUUUACUACAAAACAAUAACGUGUGAAAAAAAAUUCUGCCUUUUGUUCAGUCUUACAAGGUAACCCCGCCGUUGCAUCACCCAAUGAACAACUGUAUGAGCAAAUGACAUCUAAUCCAGCCUUUACAGAGAGAAAUAUUCAAAAACCCAACGCUUAUCUCCUAGAUUCUUGUCCGAAGCAAAAAUCUUUGGUCACGUAUCAGAGCUUGUAGGUAUGUGUUUGGCUUGUCAACACUUUGACUUCAACAGCGCCGAUUGGUUCUCCGAUAAUCUGCAUGUGAUCCCCAGCUGAUAUUUGCGAACAAUGGGAAAGGAAUUUAUCUUUCAGUUCAGCAGACAUUCGUGGGGCAGGAACGCGUGACAAACCCCUAAGAAUGUCUACGUGGGAGGCUACUCCAAAUGCAAACAAACAGUGCAUACUCCUGUACAAGCAAGAAGAUAUCCUGCAAUGGACAAGCAUCCUGUCCAGGGGAGGGGGGAAACCAGCAUAAGCUUCUUCUGUUUGGGCCUUUGGCUUGUGUGCGCCUUUACCUACAAUGUACCCACCUACCUACCUAUUGACUAAGUUUGAGGUCAUGAUGACUGGGUAUUGGCCAAGUUCUUUUUUUUUGCAUUUUUAGUUACUGAGACAAAGUCGAGUUUGAUAAAAAUGCAUAAAAAAAAACAAGGCCAAUAUCCAGCCAUCAUGAACCAAACACGUAAGGGAUCUAUAAGGGAUUUAUUAUAUGGCAGACCAGUGCAGGAAAUCCUGAGUAGAUGGGGGUGCCAAUCGAAACACAGGAUUUGCUUCAUCCUGCCCCGUCGCAGAUUCAGCCAUUAUAAUAAACAAGUUUACAUUCACUAGAAUUUUUAUGGUGGAAUUUUGCUUCAACUGGGCUGCCAUAUUUUCAUUCCAGUGUACAACCAAAAUGCGUAUAGUAGUGGAGUACUAUAAUAAAAAAGUAUUCAAAAUACUCCUUCUCUGUAGGGAAAGUGUUAGCUUUAUGAUAGUCGCAGUUGAUUGAUUGAUAAUUAUUUUGGAGUUUAACACUUCUCUUUAUCUUUUGAAAGAUACGAAGAGAAAAACGCAAAGAAAUUUUCAAAAGGGCGGAAAGGUAUGUGAAGGAAUACCGCCAGCAAGAGAGAGAUGAGAUCCGGAUGAAACGUAUGGCUAGGAAACAUGCCAACUUUUAUGUCCCUGCUGAAGCCAAGCUUGCCUUCAUCAUUCGCAUCAGAGGGUAAGCAUUUUGAUUAUUUUUGAAAGGACACUUGCAGAUGUUCACCAAUUAGUCUUCAAAUCAAUAUAGUGGCACUUUUAUUUUUCAUCACAUAAUCAACCAGCCAGACCAAAUGUUGGGUGUAAAGGUAAGGACUUACGAGAGUGCUUGUUAUUUUCUACAGAAAUUACAGAAAUUAACCAUGGUAAAAGCCUAGCAAAAGGGGGAAGUGACAGAGAAAAGUUCAAGAAAAAGAUGGGGCAUUUCUUUUUAACACAGGGACUAAUUAAUAAAAAAAAAAACUCCCCAUUGAUAAGUCUUAUCAAAUGGGAAGUUUUUUUAUAAGAGAGGGGAAAAUGAAAGUAGAAGUUGCCAGACUUAACUAAUGGAUGACAUCAAUGAAAUAAAUGAGUAAUCAUGAUCAACAGGUAAUCAGAUGAUUAGUCAUUGAUUAUAUCUGAUAUUCAAUGAGUAAUCAAUGAAUAAUCAGUAGGCCACAAAAUUUUCAGUCCAUGAUUAAUUAUCAAUAUAAUCUCAUGGGUAUGCAAACCUUACCAAAUCGGAAAUAAGGAAACAAUGACUUCUUUGACAUAAAUGUCAUGAUACAAGCUUUUUUUAUUCAUGAUCUUUUACCCGUUAGGCAUUCUGCAGUGGCUGCAUUUCUCAACAAAGACAUAGACUCUAAUGGCCAAGAGAGUAAGAGAGAUCACUCGAACUUCUGAACAUUUCGUUUUUGAUAUUUCAUUUACUACCUAAUGAAAUUUGAUUUACCAUUCUGUUUUUGUCAUGGCCAACAUGUAUCUACAUUGGUUUUCAACAUGGAAGUUCAAUUCCUAUUUGGCAGUUAUUAUCGUCAAGAACCGUUGACAUAAUUUUUCAUCAUCAGAAAUAAGUUACGAAACAAAUUACUAGAAAUUGUAUGAGAUGAGGGAUCAAUGACUAAUCAAUGGAUAAUCAGUAGACAAUUCAAUUACUCAUCAAUGACUAAUCGAUAGGCCACAAGAUUUUUGGCGGUCAAUUAGUCAUUAAUUGCCCAUUGAUUAUAGCGAAUAAUCAGUGACUAAUCAGUUGAUUACCCAGUGAUUACUCAGUUAUUACUCAUUGAUGUCAUCCAUCAUCAAUUUCAUUAGUUACAUCUGGAAGUUGGUUAAUACAGGUGCUGUUUUAAAAGAUAAACAUUUACCACAACAAAAAUCGUUACAUGUAGUUCCCUAAAUGUGAGCCCUGCAGGGUUGUCAUCCAGCCUUAGUUCUUAUUUGCAGGGGCCCCUUAGUGUAAACUAUUCCCAAUCUAAAAAGGGAAUUUUUUUUGGGGGGGGAGAACAAGUAUUGUAAAAGCAGUAAAAUAAAGAUGUGCAUUCUCUUGAUGCUUGCUUUGCUCGCCUCUGGAAUGGAGAAUUUCAUCACAGUCUAGUUGACUGGUCCGCCAAAACACUUGCUUGACUCUCGAACAGUGCUUGCUUGCUUGCUUGCUCAAUCAAUCGAUCAAUCAAGCUUUAUUUACAAUGGUAUCACUUCAUUAAAAAUGCUCCUCCAGUGAGCCAUUUACAUAACAAAAUUUUCAGAGAAACUAUACUAAUGCUAAAAAAUAUCUAUAUAUUAAGAAAAUCUAUCCCAUAAUUAAUUACACAAAAAUCAAUCAACCUUAAAGGUACAUUAUAUAACUAAAAUAAAUUCUAUCUCAACUCCCUCAAGGCAAUCCCUGGUUCAAGACGAAGACAGGGCAGACUUGAAAGAGUUGAGAUUUAUCUCAUCUUUAAGCACAUUUUCUAAGCCAUUCCACAUGACUGCUUCCACUCGACCCUCCCCCACUAGCCUGCGAUCAUGCCCUCUCCCUUUAUCUCUGUAAUCUGUUUUUGGGAGGAGGGCAUGAUACAUUUCUUUCACAGAUCACAUGCAAAAAAGCCACAAUCUGGACUUUUUUCUGAUUGGAUAGGAAACAAUACGGAUGAUUUGCACUAUUCCAAUUGGCCAAAACACCGCCAUCCAUUAGUUGUUGUUUAUUUCAGUCUGCAUUUUUGCUUGCGUAUAAAUGAGCAGUGAAUACACACGCGAGUUUGUUAUGAAAUUUCUGCCAGCUCAGUUUUCUUGAAUUUGAAGAAUGUCGAAAUAGAAAUUUCAUGCAUUGAAAUAUUUUCCAUUUCAUCGUUUACUGAAAAUUGCAGUCAAAAAUUCACCGAUCAUUUGAUUGCAAUUUGAUACCGGCUGCAAGUUACCGAAGCGACAAACAGGUUCACUUUCAAAUAAUCAAUUCGUGAAUGGAAUCUUGACCUGGAUUGACUGAAAUUCCUUCUUCAGAAACCUGCGAAUUAUUCUGAGCGAUCUUCGCUUUCACAACACUUUUCAGUUCGUGGAAUAUAGUGCUUUCACUGCUUUCGGCACAGAACGAAUUAAGUCAACGAGCUUUUACCAGUAAAUUCUUUAUUAUUUGUAGCUGUCAAAUAAAGGUAUGGUACGGCAGUAUUUCAUCACAAAAGAAUUAUUUAAUUUUUUUUUUUAGGAAGCGCCAUCUGAACAUACUUAAAAAUGUUCUUUUCCCUAAAAUUUAUUUCGAAAGAGACAUUAUUCCCACCAAAGUUUGAUUCCUGUCUGGUAAAUGCUGAUUGGCUAAUAACUUGACAGGUCAAGCAGAUGUUAGAUUGUGUAAAUUAGGGGGCGGUUGAUGGCUUGUUAAAUGAAUGUAUCAGGAGUUAUUUUUUUUCCUCUCGAGCCAAAGAAGCAAAGAAGCAAAAAUAAUUAUAACACCUGAUCUCAGGUUACUCCCCGACCACCCACCUCUCCUUGUCUGAUAUACCAAGUUGGAGGUCUUAUUCCUGAGUUGGUGAGAACAGUAAAUUGUUUAAAAAGUCGUGAUCAACUCCCUUAUUUUUUUUUAGUAUCAAUGGAGUUAGUCCAAAAGUGAGGAAGAUCCUUCAGCUGUUUCGUCUGCUGCAAAUCCACAAUGGUGUCUUCAUUAAACUUAAUAAAGCCACCAUUAACAUGCUGCGAGUUGUACAGCCAUAUGUUGCUUAUGGGUGAGUAAGGGCUUCGUUUUCAGUAGUUUGAGUGUAAAUGUACAUAUAAAUCUUGUAAAAAAUAUUUUUUGCACUAAACUAGGGCUAGCAAAUGAUAUCUCUGUAUAAAGCCACCUUGACUCUGAGCUGUUUACAUUUUGCUGAAACUGCUUUUGUACCCUUUUGAAAACCUCGGGUGGAUUCUCAUUAUGAGACAGUUGGCUGAAGAUUAGCUUCCACAAGUUUCCUGAAGAUUAGUGGUAGAGCUGUAUCUGGACGAGUAACCAGAGGGUCAUAGGUUUGACUCCUAUUGGGAGCACUCGGAUUCCGAGACGCCUGUCUCCAGUCACUGAAUGAAUAAACAUCUUUCUCAUGACUGAGGGCUGUCAAUUACUUUUGCUUAAACACAUUUUGAAAGUUGAUUUUAUUUGCAAAUUUUAUUUGCAGGUACCCAAACCUGAAGAGUGUGCGUGAGCUGGUUUACAAGCGUGGUUAUGGUAAAGUGAACAAACAACGUACUGCCAUCACAGAUAAUUCCAUCAUUGAACAGCAGCUGGGAAAACAUGGUAUCAUCUGCGUAGAGGAUCUGAUUCAUGAAAUCUACAGUGUUGGGGAGCACUUUAAAGAGGCUAACAACUUCCUGUGGCCAUUCAAGCUGAGUUCUCCUAAGGGUGGCUUCCGUAAAAUGACCACACACUUUGUGGAGGGGGGUGACCAUGGAAAUCGUGAGGACAAGAUCAACCAGCUUAUCCGCAAAAUGAAUUGA